UAGACGGGUGGGUCGGAAUCAAAGCGGAUCUAAUAAUAUGCAAUAUUCCAAAAAGGAACAGGAGAACAUCAGACUAUACUCAGUUAAUCGACUCAUUUAAUACCGGCAGAUGAUGUGAGAGUCAACCCCCCAAUCUAUCGCGGAUGAGGAUAGGAGCGACGAGGAUCAACUCGUGUUCUGUUUGUGGCUUGAGAGAUAUCAUGGGUUGCUUCGAGUCGGCCGGUCGUGAACUGCCGAGAGUCGAGACCGACGAUGAGUGAAUUCGUGUCUGUCGAGAUGAAGAUGGGAAGGUCAUCAAGUUGCGAGAGACUCGUCGGUAGUUGAGGAAUUAUUGAGUACCAAGUUCGGCGUCGAAGUUAAGGGCAUCGUGAACGACAGGAACUACUUAAGACGGCAUUCAUGUCCACAUUGUCAACUCACUCAACCAUCACAGCAUCUUCAUUGACUCUCAAGCUCACUUCUCUACUCUCAACAAAGCCCCUUACAAUGGCUCGCUUCAUCCUCAUCCUCGCCGCCCUGGCCACCGCUGCCUUCGCCAGCACUACCGCCAACAAGGCCCUCGAAAAGACCCCCGUCAAGGUCACCGAGGUCAACUACAAAGUCGGCGAGGUCUCCAAGUGCAUCACCCUCUCUCAUCUCCAAGCCCUCGGCCAAACCUUCACCAACCUCAACGCCACCGGCGACUACAAGCUCCCCGAGAUCCCAACCACCUACAUCAACGAUCCCACCGCUUGCAUCCCCGAGUCCCUCUUCGACCAGUACUUUGAGCCCAUCGUCGCCAUCUCCAAGGAGCAGAACCUUCUUGAGUCCUUCGACGCUGAGAAGGUUCACGGCCGUGAUCUUGAGGUUCGCGCUCGCAACUGUCCUCAGAUCAAGGAUGCUGCUCUUGGCCGUGUUCACUCUUGGAGCUGUGAUAGUGCGCCUCACCCUAGCUCUUGCCGAUCUUGCGCAAACUUUUCUUCUAUCAACUUUGUGGCUGCUUGUGUUGCUUGUGCGGCUAAGGCUAAUCAGGAGAGCAUCUUUUGCUGUGCUGCUGCGGCUACUACCUUUGCUACCUACUACUCUCAGGUCUGCCUUGAGAAGUAGGCCUGCCGGUUCUGUCUGUGGAAUGAAAGGGGGAGAGGGGAUGUCUUACUGUAGUCGCUCAUUUGGUUGAGGAUGGGUGAUGUUUGUCUGAUGUUAGUUUGCUGCGGCUGUGGGGAUUAGAUGAGUCUCUUCUCUAUUCCCGUUCACUCCUUAGGUAUAGCUUUCUAGUGGUAUCGCCAUGUUGUCUCCCAGACAACUGGUGCUUUGAAUUAAAUUACUUGUUUUCCGAAUA